CUUCAGAGUAAAUUUCGACGAAAACGCUCCACGCAAUUUUUCUUCUCUGCCAUGCCACUGAAGAUUUGAAUACUUACACUGAAACGAAAGUGAAAAUUCUCUUCUGGACGAAAGUCAGAUUCAGAUUCAUUUUUUCUAGUUUUGAAGAGUGUUGAAUUUGAGUUUUUUAAGUGAUUUGAUUUUGAUUGAGUGAAUAUCGAUUGUGAAUAUCGAUUCAGUGCCUUUGCUAACACGGCUCAACUUGCAAAAAAUGUUUUUAGUUAUCAAAUUGAUUUGGUGUAGUGUGUUUUUGUUUUACUUUGAAGUGGUCAGUGCAGACUAUGCAAAUAGUACAAUUAACACAGCUAGAACGAUAAGUGAUGAUUUUCGUGCAUUCCAACAAACGGGCAAACGAGUCAGCCGAAGAGAUGGCCGAGGACUAUUUACAUUUGAUACAAAAAAUGACGACAUACAGGUCGGCCUGGAAUUCUCCGUUCCAUUUCUAUCCAUUCCGGUUAAACGUUCGGUGGACUCGGUGAAAUCGUGGGCAUCACAAUCAACAGCUUUUGUAUCGGACCCCUUAAUGAAUGUAAACACAGGAUCGAUAGCUCUGACUGGUGCUGUACUCUUGGGUGGCCUCGUGACCACCUAUCUUUGGAAAUCGCUUAUAAAAGAUCAAGCAAAAUUUGCUAACACCCCUGGUUACUACCCGGCGUAUGGACGACGAAAUCAAUUGGACGACGAAAAUCCAAUAAAUCAGCUGAUCGAUAAAGUCGAAAGGAUUUUUCAUAAAUAUGACAUCGAUGUGACGACGUGUGUUCAACGCAUGGUAUGCGUUACGGUGAAAAAUGCGGUAGAAAAUGUGGCAAAAGGAAACGGAACAAGUGCGGAAAAAAUAUUCGAUGGUUUGUCGAGCACAUGGAUAUUGCGGCGUUUAACGGCUGGCACGGCGGUUAGUGAUGCCAUCAAUGCGGGUCAACGUUUGGCUGACUGUGAAAAGAAAUUCUUUGAAUGCAAUAUGAAAUCGAAAAAUAUACAACAAAUGCUCGAACUUCUUAUGCAAAGUAUCAACUACUGA